GGCAAGGGCGUGCACUCGCUGCGCAAGGUCGACUCGUCCUCGCCGCCGCCGCGCUCGCCCGCAGUGGAGGAGAGCAGUAGCAGCAGUGGAGGGGGAGGCGGGGGGGAUUUGACGGCGGCGCUGGCUGCUGCGCUGAUGGAGCGGAAUAAGAAGCUGGGGGAUAGUGAUGAGGAGGAGGAGGACGAGGAGGAGUGGGAUUAG